GUGCGAUAUAAAAUCCAGAAGUGCACCUGUCUGUAUCAAAUCCGCGUCGGCCAACUCCGAUCAACUUGGGAGAUGCACUUGUUCGCAUAUCGCAAAAUUACAAAUAAAUACAACGCGAAACAGCCGAAUUCCAGAAAUUUAUUACCGAAACGGAAAAGAAAUAAUAAUAAUAAAGCGAAUACCGUAAAUAAAAGGAGCAGGGAAAAAAGCCCAGGGAGAACGAGUUGUCACCUCAGCUAUAUAUAAAACCGACUCCCGCCUCUUCUGCUUCUCUCGCCAGACGGAACACGAAAACCAUCAUCAUCGCCGCCGCCAUCACCACCACAAACUAGUCAAUGGAUUCCCCUCGCCGUUCCUCCGUCAUUGUAGUAGGCGCCGGCAUCUCCGGUAUUUCCGCGGCGAAGGUUUUAGCCGAAAAUGGGAUUGAGGACUUGGUAAUUUUGGAAGCUACGGAUCGUAUCGGCGGAAGGAUCCGGAAAGAAAAUUUCGACGGCGUUUGCGUCGAGCUUGGAGCCGGCUGGAUUGCCGGCGUUGGCGGCAAAGAGGCUAACCCUGUUUGGGAGCUGGCUGCUAAUUUGGGGCUCCGCACUUGCUUCUCGGAUUACAGCAAUGCCCGUUAUAAUAUUUAUGAUCGAAGCGGGAAGAUAUUUCCCAGCGGUUUGGCCGCUGAUUCUUACAAGAAAGCCGUGGAGUCGGCUAUGGAGAAGCUGAGGAAACUACAAGCCAAUCAAGCUGGCGAAUUAAUCGAACCAACUUGGUGCACACCAAAGACGCCUAUUGAGCUCGCCAUUGACUUCAUCCUCCAUGAUUUUGAGAUGGCAGAGGUAGAACCGAUAUCAACAUUUGUCGAUUUUGGAGAGAGAGAAUUCCUAGUUGCAGACGAAAGAGGGUAUGAUUAUUUGCUGUACAAAAUGGCCGAGGAGUUUCUUUUAACAUCAGAGGGUAAAAUCUUGGACACUCGCCUCAAACUCAACGAGGUUGUCAGGGAAGUACAGCACUCGAGAAACGGCGUUAUUGUUAAAACAGAGGAUGGUCGCAUCUACGAAGCCAAUUAUGUGAUUAUGUCAGCUAGUAUUGGUGUUCUCCAAAGCAAUCUCAUCUCGUUUUCGCCUCCGUUGCCCAGGUGGAAAACAGAGGCUAUAGAGAAGUGUGCUGUGAUGGUAUACACCAAGAUUUUCCUCAAGUUUCCUUACAAGUUCUGGCCAUGCGGCCCCGAGAAAGAAUUUUUUAUCUAUGCUCACGAGCGGAGGGGAUACUACACAUUUUGGCAGCAUAUGGAGAAUGCAUACCCAGGUUCCAAUACCCUGGUCGUAACCCUGACAAACGGCGAGUCCAAACGUGUGGAGGCGCAAUCAGAUGAAGAGACGAUGAAAGAAGCCAUGGGAGUACUUAGGGACAUGUUUGGGACCGACAUUCCAGAUGCCACAGAUAUACUAGUCCCUCGAUGGUAUACCAACAGAUUCCAACGUGGCUGCUAUAGUGAUUACCCUAUGAUUUCCAACAACCAUGAAAUCCAGAAGAUUAAGGCCCCGGUAGGACGAGUCUUCUUCACAGGUGAACAUACUAGUGAAAGGUUUAGUGGUUAUGUUCAUGGUGCAUACCUUGCAGGUAUCGAAACGAGUCAGUCAGUAGUAGAAGAUAUCCGAUUACUCAAAGAAAGGGAAACAGAGAACCAAACAUUCUUGUUAGAGCCUUUCCUUGCUUCCUUAACUCUCUCACAGACGGAAGCCGUCUCAAAUAUGCACAAAUGUGACAUCCCGGCACAACUUUGUAUCAGCAGCAAUCUCGGCUUGUCGGAAGCGAUAUUAUGACUAUAUGGACAGACCAAAGCCUUCCAAGUUGAUAAUGAUGAUGAGACUGAAAACAGAAUGACCGAUCAGAUAGGUGGCCGGAAAGCUGCUUCCUCAGAUGCACAUGCAGCUGAGGCACUGCAAACUAUCACGAGUCAGAUGGAGAAGCCACCAGUGUUGGGAUGCUUCCAAGACACUUCACAAACUUGAUGCCUGCCAGAUAACAAAGUGAGUGGUCGCUUAUAAUGCUUGCUUGGGAUGUAUUUGCCUCUGCUAAAUUGUCAAUCCGACGAAGUUGGUUAUUGAUCUUGGUGCUUUGGGAAGCUGUUUUGAGGAUGUACUUCGACAUUUUGUUAUAAAAAAUGCUAUAACGUAGAUAUAGCGCCCCUCAGAGGUAUUGCACAGCGAUCAUAUUUGUACUGCAUUACUUGUUCGUUAUAAACAGAACCUGAUAUGUCUAAUAUUGAAGCUAUUUCUUAUUAGUCUGUAUCUAUGAC